UCCGUAAGGUGCUCAAGCAAAAAUAUUGUGAAAACGUGUGGCAAACCAAAAGUCUGUGUGCAGCGUGAAACGAAAAUUUUUCCAAGCGUUUAAACAGCUGCAGCAAGCAAUUCCGUAGUUUUCUUCCCGGUACAAUGAGCGCUGGCGAGUUGUACAAUGGCGUGGCAAACGGUUCGCGCCCCAAUGGGUGUGCUGAUUCCGUGAAAACCCCGUUCCUAAUCGGUGUUGCUGGUGGUACUGCUAGCGGGAAGUCGACGGUAUGCAAACGCAUCAUGGAACAGCUGGGCCAAGCCGAUAUGGACCACACACAACGUCAAGUGGUGACCAUCAGUCAGGAUAGCUUCUAUCGGGAACUAACGGAUGCGGAGAAGGCGCGAGCAGAGCGGGGACUGUUCAACUUUGAUCAUCCAAGUGCUUUUAAUGAGGAUCUCAUGCUGCAAACACUGCAGGACAUUCUGCAGGGAAAGAAGGUGGAAAUAAGUGAGUACGACUACCGGAAUAAUGCCGUCUGUCCGGAGAAGCGAAUCACAAUCUAUCCCGCCGACGUGGUGCUGUUUGAGGGAAUACUGGUCUUUUACUUUCCCGCCAUCCGUGACCUCUUCCAUAUGAAACUGUUUGUCGAUACCGACUCCGACACCAGGCUGGCCCGGAGAGUUCCUCGUGAUAUAAAUGAACGCGGCCGAGAUCUGGAACAGGUAUUGAACGCGUACAUGACGUUUGUAAAGCCUGCUUUUGAAGAAUUUUGCUCACCGACAAAAAAGUUCGCCGAUGUUGUCAUACCGCGUGGAGCAGACAAUACAGUGGCUAUUGAUCUCAUAAUGCACCACAUUAUUGAGAUCUUGCAUCCGAGUGGAGGUUACAACCAGAACGGACACUAGCACUAAUACUGAUUAGAUGUGGGUUUACCCGCACGGUCAUGUCGGUUUUCACCGGCAACCACUAUCGCCAGGGUCUCAUAACAGUGUGUCGUCAUCUUGCGCCCGGUGCCAAAACCUUCGCUAUAACUAGCAAACAAGGACUGUUGAAUUGCAGAGGCCUAUACGCAUGCCAAAAUCGAAAGUCCAUUGUAAACAGACUAUACUGCAAAGCCGUAUCAAUAGAUUAGUCUUAGAGAGGUAGAAUGAAGUACCGUUGAACCAACCGAACAAAACAUAACGGUUACCGAUAUCCAUGGGAGUGGGUUAAAGCACACAAACACUCAAUCGCAGUUUGACCAGUGACCUAACUGAGCAAUCUGUGAAACUUAUUGUUGUUCCGUAUUAUAUCCCUACCGCGGAAUCAGCCAUAGAAUCGCUGAUUCCGCCCUGGUCUGUGGCGUUGAUGUUGAAUGUCCCACGGAGUCAUUAAGAACAUAUUUUAUCGUGCUACUACAGACCUAGAGGCUUUUCCUGACAGUUGAUUACUCACUCAAUGUCGGUAAUCUCUGUAGGGAAAAUAACUAAAUCUUUGUGCGGGAUGUCGUUUCCUUUCCUUGACCAUUCCUUGCCAGUUUGUUCGCUAGAGUUCACUAGCACAUUCCUUGUCCGAUUUCAUUCUACUAUUUGCAUCCUGUGAACUAAAUCUGCGCACAUACAUCGAAUACCAAUUCCAUUUUCCUGGGAAUAGAAAUCAGAUUUUAAACAGGCGCAAUCAGGGCUGUCAAUCUUGAAGCUUGUAUUCAUUGGUUACAUUAGCCCCUUCUUAUUAUGAAGGUUAAAUGAUCCCAACAAAUAUUCACAGUCUACUAAAAGAACUGAAAAUGUGGUGGAAGUAAUGUUAAGCAUGAAAGGUAUCGGUGUGUUUUCAAUCCCCGCCAUAAUUAGGCGAAGGUACAGGUGUGUAGGAAGUAUCUAGCGUGGUUAAUCACCCAUUAAGUAAGAGAAAGCAUUCGCAAAUAAAGGCCUCGCCGUAUUAUUGCUUUAGCAAUACAGGAAUUAAGAAUCCUUGACAACGCUCAGCGUUACAAAAGAGCUGGUCCCUAAAAUCGUCGGGGGAUAGUGAAAGUAUUACGACACGUACGAUUACAGUUUGCAGCAUCCAGGAUAGAUCAUAGGCAAUUUUAAAUUGAAAAUAGUACGCAAAAGAAGGCAAAGAACUAAUAGUCGCAUAAUACGCUGGCGAUUAUCCCCAAAGGCAUUUCCUCAGGCAUUUGAUUAAUCCUAAGGUUUUAUUUGGAGUGUGGCACAAUAAAGAUGACGCUUUUCAAACACCUGCA